AUGGAAGAAGACUACAAAGUUUCAGGAGCAGUCAUUUUCUCCUUGAUAAUGAUAUCGUUGGUACUCAUGUGCAUCAUAAGCGCAUGUGUGGCCAAACUUCAGAGAACAAGAUCGAAGAAAUAUGCACCAGAGCAUUCUUACGGAACUUAUCCUAAAGGAGAGAAGCCGUAUUUGAAAGACCUUCAAUUUAUCAAUGAGAAAUACGCAAAGAAAGCAUGGUAUCAAUCCUUGAGUCUUACGCUCUCAUGA